GAAUCAGGAUUAUUUACAUUUCAGCCAAAGCCAAACAGAAAAGUAUAGUGUGGUCUGUGGAGCUUGAGGCCUCACAAAAAUGGCACUGAGACUAUUGUCUCCGCCACUGUCCACUCUUUCUUCUUCUUCUUCUUCUUCUCAAUCGAAGCUUGCGCAGUUCUCUCGCUCCAAACAGGCGUCGUUUGUCCGAUUUUAUCCGAAACAUUUCGCGAAUUCGGGGCGGAGAAAGUCGGGUUUGGCGGUGAAUGCGUGCGUGAAGUUGGAGGAGACUAAUGUCUCCCAGGCGGGGAACCAAUGGGGAAAGGUCUCCGCCGUGCUGUUUGAUAUGGAUGGUGUGCUUUGCAACAGCGAGGAGCCUUCUAGAAGGGCUGCUGUGGAUGUUUUUGCGGAAAUGGGGGUUCAAGUAACAGUAGAAGACUUUGCGCCCUUUACGGGCAUGGGUGAAGCGAACUUCUUAGGUGGUGUUGCUAAUGUGAAGGGUGUUCAUGGAUUCAAUCCCGAGGCAGCAAAGAAGAGGUUUUUUGAGAUAUAUUUAGAUAAGUAUGCAAAGCCAAAUUCUGGCAUAGGUUUCCCUGGUGCCUUUGAACUUGUCACUCAGUGUAAAAGCAAAGGUCUCAAAGUUGCUGUUGCAUCAAGUGCUGAUCGCAUCAAGGUCGAUGCAAACUUAACAGCUGCUGGUUUGUCGUUGUCAAUGUUUGAUGCAAUUGUUUCUGCUGAUGCAUUUGAAAACUUGAAGCCUGCUCCUGAUAUUUUUUUGGCAGCAUCAAAGAUUUUGAAUGUGCCCCCUAGUGAGUGUGUUGUGAUUGAAGAUGCAUUGGCUGGUAUACAAGCUGCCAAAGCAGCAAAAAUGCGAUGCAUAGCUGUGACCACAACAUUAGCAGAAGAUACUAUAGAAGCAGCAGCUCCAUCACUUAUCAGAAAGGGGAUAAGCGAUAUUUCACUUGAUGAUAUUCUCAGUGGUGGAUCUGGUUCCAAUAAUGUGAAGAUGCAGGGUCCUCAACCUAUCAAUUAUCCUGCACCGUCUUCACUUGAACCCAACAGUAAAAGGAUGACACCAGUGCAGGAUAAAUACCCUACCAUUGGUUCAGUCUCCUCAAUUGGAGGGGUGCAGGUUUCACGCCGCAAUGUUGUGAGAUAUGCAAGUUUGGGCAUUGCUGCAUCUUGUCUUUUUUUUGCCAUCACAAACUGGAAGGCAAUGCAAUAUACAUCUCCUAAAGCUAUACAGAACUUGUUAUUUGGAGUUAGCAGCCCUCCUUUUGGACAAAAUGAAGACACAGCUAGCUCACAGAGAAUUCAACAGUUUAUAAACUAUAUUUCUGAUGUGGAGGGCAGGAAAAAUGCAACUAUUGUGCCAGAGUUCCCAUCUAAAUUAGACUGGCUGAAUACUGCCCCUCUUCAGCUGCGCCGGGAUUUGAGAGGCAAGGUAGUUCUUCUGGACUUUUGGACAUACUGCUGUAUUAAUUGUAUGCAUGUGCUGCCAGAUCUGGAAUUUCUGGAGAAAAAGUAUAAAGAUAUGCCAUUUGUUGUAGUGGGAGUGCAUUCAGCAAAGUUUGACAAUGAGAAAGAUCUAGAGGCCAUUCGCAAUGCAGUAUUGCGCUAUGAGAUCACUCAUCCAGUUGUCAAUGAUGGAGAGAUGAAUUUAUGGAGAGAAUUAGGUAUAAGUUCCUGGCCAACCUUUGCCAUUGUUGGGCCAAAUGGCAAGCUUCUUGCACAAAUAGCUGGUGAAGGUCAUAGAAAGGAUCUUGAUGACUUAGUUGAGGCAGCACUUUUGUUCUAUGGUAGAAAAAAGCUCUUGGAUAAUACUCCCAUUCCCUUGAGAUUGGAGAAAGACAACGAUCCCCGCUUGUUAGCAUCCCCGUUAAAGUAUCCUGGUAAGCUGGCAGUUGAUGUCCUCAAUAAUCGGCUAUUCAUUUCAGACAGCAACCAUAACCGAAUACUUGGAGGUUUCCUUUUGAAAGUUGCGAAAAGGCUGCUAGUGAUGGGAGCCUGUUUGCAACUUCAUGUUCAGUGUUAG